AUGAGCAUCGUUCUCUCCAGGGACAGCCCUCAGAGGGUGAUGGAGAACACGGUGACCAACGCCGAGAAGUACUUUGGCCAGUUCUGCUCGACGCUGGCAGCCUAUACCCGCAAGACGGCCCGGCUGCGGGACAAGGCUGACCAGCUGGUCAAGGAGCUCGCUGACUUCGCCAACACGGAGCACCCGGAGAUGCGGGCCACCGUGAGGGACUUCGCCGAGGACCUGGCCAAGGUGCAAGAUUACCGGCAGGCCCAGGUCGAGAGGCUGGAGACCAAGGUCAUCAGCCCCCUGAAACUCUACGGGGCCCACAUCAAGCAGACGCGGGCCGAGAUCAAGAAGUUCAAGCGAGUCCAGAAGAACGAGAUCAAGCAACUGGAAAAGCUGGAGAAACUGAGGCAGAAGUCCCCCUCGGACAGGCAGAUGAUCAGCCAGGCAGAGACCAGCGUGCAGAGGGCCUCGGCAGAUGCCAGCCGCACCACCCUCCAGCUGGAGGAGGUGAUGGACACCUUCCAGCAGCAGAAGCUGAAGGACCUUCAGAGAAUUUUCUCAGACUUUGUCACUAUUGAGAUGGUCUUCCACGCCAAGGCGGUGGAGGUAUAUUCCAGUGCCUUCCAGACCCUGGAGAGCUACGACCUGGAGACAGACCUCGAGGAUUUCAGAGCCAAGAUGCACGGGGUUUACGGACAUCACGACGCUCGGCCACUCAGGGACACCGUCUCCUCCCCAGCUCUCCCGUGGUCUUUUCCUGGCCAGGGCGUUCAGAGCACCCCACGGGGCCAGACAGAAGAGGAGGGGAGCGCAGACGAGUCCGCGGAGGAAGACGCCGUGGAGGACCUGCGGGCCCAGCGGCAGGCACGCCAUCAAUAGGCCCAGACUCCCCAGUCGGAGGAGCGGGGCCUGACCCCAGAUGCUCCGGGCU